CACUACACAGACUCCCGGUGGGACAGCUGCUUCGGUCUUGCUUAGCGAAAGUACAGAGAAUCAACCUGCAGGCUUAUGAUACUUAGGAUUUUUUUCAAGUAGCUAACCUACAUUCAAUGCCGGAAAUCUGACCCUGCUGGUUUGGGGAGGCAAAGCCAAAGCCUCCCCAUGCCUUCAUUAUAAUCCACCCAUGGCUGCUGGGAAUCACUGAACGCUGCUGUGCAUUUCAUCCUGCCUGUGUUCCCUGAGCGCAACACGAAAAGCCGGCAGCAAUGGCCUUAGUGACACUGCAGAGAUCGCCGACCCCCAGCGCUACUUCCUCGGCCAGCACCAGCGAGGAGUUUGGAAAUGAGGAGGAUCGCAAAGUGAACUUGAGUUUAAGUGACAGCUUUUUCAUGGUGAAGGGAGCUGCCCUCUUCUUGCAGCAAGGAAACAGCACACAAGGGCAAAGGAGUCUUCUAAAUCUGCACAAACAUGCUGGAGAUCUUCCCCAGCAUCUCCAGCUUAUGAUUAAUCUCCUCCGCUGCGAAGAUCGCAUUAAGUUGGCUGUGCGCUUGGAAAGCAACUGGACAGAUCGGGUGCGCUACAUGGUGGUGGUAUACUGCAAUGGAAGGCAGGACACAGAAGAGAAUAUAUUACUGGGAGUAGAUUUUACUAACAAAGAAAGUAAAAGCUGCACCAUUGGGAUGGUCCUUUACCUGUGGAGCGACACUAAAAUCCACCUGGAUGGAGAUGGGGGCUUCAGCAUUAAUACUGCAGGCAAAACCCAUGUGUUCAAACCUGUAUCUGUCCAGGCCAUGUGGUCAGCCCUACAAGUACUUCAUAAAGCCUGUGAGGUUGCCAGACGUUUUAAUUAUUUUCCUGGAGGUCUGUCUCUUGUCUGGGCUACUUACUAUGAAAGCUGCAUCAGCUCUGAUCAAAGCUGCAUCAAUGAAUGGAACACCAUGCAGGAUUUGGAAUCUGCCCGUGCAGAUUCCCCUAUUCUCUUUAUGGAGAAGCCUAAUGAGGGGGAGAGGACUGAGUUGCUUAUAAGACAAACACUGAGGAGUAUCAUGAUGACCAGAGACUUGGAGAAUGUGACCUGUAAAGAGAUUCGCAAUGAGCUGGAAGAGAAGCUGAGUUGUAACCUAAAGGAAUAUAAAGAAUACAUAGACAAUGAAAUGUUGCUUAUCUUGGGACAGAUGGAUAAGGCUUCCCUCAUAUUUGAUCAUGUUUAUUUGGGUUCCGAGUGGAAUGCGUCAAACCUGGAGGAGUUACACAGUACAGGAGUUGGCUAUAUUCUUAAUGUCACCCGGGAGAUUGAUAACUUCUUUCCAGGAAUGUUUGCCUAUCAUAAUAUUCGGGUGUAUGAUGAGGAAACUACAGACCUGCUCUCCCAUUGGAAUGAUGCAUAUCACUUCAUUAACAAGGCAAAGAAGAACAAUUCUAAGUGCUUGGUGCAUUGCAAAAUGGGGGUCAGCCGCUCUGCCUCUACUGUCAUUGCAUAUGCUAUGAAAGAGUAUGGUUGGAGCAUGGAGAAAGCAUACAACUUUGUCAAGCAGAAGCGCAGUGUAACUAGGCCAAAUUCAGGAUUUAAGCGCCAGCUCCUAGAAUACGAGGGAAUCCUGGAUGCCAGUAAACAGAGACACAACAAACUAUGGAGGCAACAUGUUGAAAUUGGGAUUCCACCAAAUGAUUUUGAUGCCAUUUUCCCAAGCUCCUAUCCACAAGAUACUCUGGAAACCGAAUUCAAUUAUGGACUGAAUGAAGAUUAUAUAAAAGCACAAACUUUACCAGAAAGUUAUUGUUUAAGACAUCUGACCAAUCCUUGUGGAUUAAUUGAACCAUUAAGUGUAGAAGUUGAAGCAGAAGAACUGGAGAGAGAUGCCCUGGUGGGAGAUACCGAACUGCCAUAUUACACUUUAACAGACAAAGAAAACUAUAAAGGAAAUGAUUUUGAGACAAUUGGAAGAAAUUUACCUUUUCUAGAGGGUGAAAUAAGAAAGAAAUUAGAUUUUGAGGAUUUGUUGAGCCCAAAGCGUUAUAAAGAUGAUGUCGGUCCAGCAGAAAGUUGUAUGAAGGAAGGGGCUAGUCAGAUUCCCUUGAUGCCUGAUUGUGAUGAACAGGUUUAUAAGGAAAAUAUGAACAGUAAUAGCAGCAAGAGAAGUUGCCCCAAAGACACAGAGGAAGAUGCCAUUUUUGGCAUUCUGAGUAAGGUGAAGCCUCCUUAUCCAUCCUGUACUGACUGUAUGUAUCCAAAACCUAUGUGUUCAGAAGUAAGUGAGGAAGCCCAGCAGCCAUAUUGUGACGGGCCAUUAAAUUCUACAACUGUAUGCAGCCAGCCUACCUUAUUACAGCACAUGACUUCAGCAGUGUUGGACAGAAUGCAUGGAGCCAAUAUGGAUAGAAAGUUGGCAAAAUCUUGCCCUGGCCAUUUACUUACAUCAUCCAAACUUAAUGCUGUAACUCCUCAAACGCCAUUAGAAAACACACAAAUGCAAUCAACAGUGACUCCUGAAGUAGAACCCUUUGUUGCUGGUGGUUUGUUGUCUAGGAAGGAUCAGAAACAGUAUAAAGACCAAAAAUAUUUAGUUUUCAGUAAGGAGUUGGAAAAGCCUACCACGCAUAGCUACUUGAUGCAGCAUCAAGAAUCUAUUAUUCAACUACAAAAGGCUGGAUUGGUCAGAAAACAUACAAAAGAAUUGGAGCGCCUCAAGAGUGAGGGGGCUUCUGUUGGCAAAGAAGUUUCUGAAGAGAAGACCAGUUCUAAUGAUUUAUAUGGUACCAAAGACUUGCCCACAUAUCAAGAAUUAGGAAAGAAUAAUGUGGCAAAGACAGAAAUGAUAAAUCCUUUAGAUGGGGUUUUUCAGAAGACUUCAACUCCAACUUUUUGCAAACUGGAUCAGAUCAGCAGCUACACUAAAGAUUUCUUAAAGACAAUAUGCUACACCCCAACAUCAUCAUCUAUGAGCUCUAACCUCACGCGCAGCUCAAGCAGCGACAGCAUACACAGCGUACGUGGGAUGCCAGGACUUGUUAAACAAAGGACUCAGGAGAUUGAAACAAGGAUGCGUUUAGCUGGUCUUACGCUAUCUUCCCCAUUGAAGAGAUCUCACUCUCUUGCCAAACUGGACAGUCUCACGUUUUCCAGUGAGGAUUUGUCCUGUGACUCUGAUACAUUUCAGAAAUCUGAGUGCAAGAGCGCCAAAUUAAGGGACAGCUCGGUCUUUACUGAUGUUUCAGGGAACAAACAAACACCUUACAGGAUAAAUAAAUCAGCCAAUGCACCCAUAACAAACACUGAAACAAGAUGAAUUUUUCUGUUUGUUUAUUAUUGUAAGAGUUUAUUAUUCAUAGCCAGUAUCACUUUCAUUGUAAGCAUGGCACCACACCAUAUGACUAUAUGAAAGCAAGAAACUGAUUGUUUUACUGCAGUCAAAAAUAUUACUAACUAUGCAUUCCUUAAUAUUAUGUUUCUGCUUUUUUUUUAUUUCUCAGAUUCAUGUUUUUUUCCCCCUUAAUAGCCAAGUUGGGUACUUUUUUCAGAUCAGGAUGUAACAUGCCAGUUGCAAUAUUGACAGUAUUCAGAGAUAUGUUUACUGUAACAAUUAGAUAUGAAGUGUUCAUAUUUCAGGAAUUCUACCUCUAUUUUCCUUUACAUUGGCUGAUGUAUUUAAUUAUGGCUUUUGUUUCAGUUACGGAGAAAUUCCAAUGAAACCUUAACUCGUAGCUUUGAGUGCAAAAUUUGCCUUUUGUUUUCUUUUAUCCAAAGGCUAUGUUGUAUCUGUUCAUAUAUAUCUUGUCAUUCAUUAGCCAAAACUUAUUUAUAGUUUUCUGAAUUCUAGUAGUGCAUCCUUUCUGCUUAGUCAGUAUGACCUCUCACAGUCAGUUUUGUUCCCUGAGAUAAGAGCAAUGUAUUUGUUAGGCUAAGGCAUAUGUUGCUUUUUGGCUGCCAUUACAAAAAUUCAAAGGAUUACUACUGGUUGUUUUGCACUGACAGCAAUGGAAAGUGUCCUAUGAUGCACUCAGCAGCAGUUUGUCACCUCAAAACACUGAGCAGUGCCAUUAAGUGUAUAGACACAAUCUUUGUUUUUGUUUUUUUACAAAGAUAUUCAAAAGUUUAGCCACUGUUGUGCCAAAAAGUCUCUCAAAUUAGGCACGUAGUCAAUAGAGAGUACUUGUGCUCAUGCAGACUUUUGUUUUUUCACUGUGCAGACAAAAUCCAAACCCAGGUAAUUGUCCAUAACAGUGCUAUUUGUGGCCCUGUUUAGCUGGUCAUGGACAUUGUGUCAUGCCCCUCUUAGAUUCAUGUAAUGGGAUUAUAAAUACAUUAGGAGUCCUGUUGGAAUUUUACAGAGUUCGUUACCAGCCUGCAGUGAGGCAAUAUCUUCUUAAGUUAUAGGUUGAGCAAUUAGUACCGUCACAUAAUCUUUGGAGAUACAAAAAAAAUUGGAAAAUAACUAUAUAUUUAAUUUCCAUUAGCCACACUAACUUGUUCUAUAAAAAAAAUUCCAAACGAUACCCACUUAAACAGAAGUAUUAACUGACGUGGGUAGGGUUUAUCUUUCAUUCAUUUAUCUUCAAAUGGAUAAUGAAUUAUGAAGGCUAUGGUGUGAAAGGAGCAUUAUUGCUCUGUUUAUUUUCCUAUUCCUAGUCUUGUAUGAAAUGCUCAGCAUAGAGCCUGCAGCCAUCAAUAAAUGAUGUGUUCGCUACUUAAAUCUUUUAGGCUGUUCCUAUUUUCAUAUGCCAGACAAGCACUGUGGCAACUCAUUUCAUGCAACAUAUUUCAAAUGCUACUGUGCAGAGAUGCUGUGCUUUCAUACUAUACAGCUGUUUAAGGGAAGGUAAAUUACCAACUUUUCUUCAUGUACUGUAGUUUAGUAUAUUAUUAAUCUUUAAAAAAAAAAAACUUUGCUUUUCAGCCAUGUAGCUGCUUUGUUUUACAGCCUUAGUGCUUAAUAUAAAUGUCUAGGCCAACAUAUAACCAGUCUAAUACAUGUAUUAGAAGUAGUCCUUCCAGAAUUCUAUUUUAUGUAUUGCUGCAUUGAGAAAUGAAGACACAUUUAUGCCUGAAUAAGCACUUUAUAGAUUUAAUUUGCAUCCUAUAAUGACAAAUUAUAUCUUGAUCCUUUUGAUUAAAAGGAGAAGUAAAGCCCCACAGCAGGUGGGCCUUGGGUUGCUGUACAGGCCUUGGGGAAGAUCUGAACCUGAAACAUGUCUCCUGUAGCUCCAGUGCAUGCCAAAGGACCUAUGGAGACAUUGAUUCCUGUAACACAAGCCAACCCAAGUCACAUUACUUUUGCAUUAAGAUUGUAUUUAUAUGUGCUUAUUUAUCUAUUGCUUUCAUAAAGAUAAGCGAGAACCUGACUUUGAUCUCUUUUCUUGUAUUCACAACCAGAUGUGGAAUGUUGUCACAACAGGGUAAUUCUUAUCACUCUCACAUAUCAGAGGGCUGGAUAUCAGGGCUGUGGCAUGCUGUGCAAAUUCUAGCCUGUGUGGUUUUCAGUGCAGUGGGUGACAAAACAUUCUGAUUUGCCUAUUUAUAGACUUUUAUAGUAAUUAAUCGGUCCCAGCUAGUUCACCCAUAGGUCAGGUGAUUAUUGCUCAGAAAGCUGUUAGCUAUUCUGAGCAAAAAUCGUCUAACCUGAAGGUGCUUAUAAAAUGUUCAGUGUACAUCACUAUAAUCUGUGCAUUGGUGACACAGCUUAUGUGUGUGCGUGUGCUUAAGCUUAGAGGGAACAUAAAUGCUGCAACUUGGAAAUGCCCACUGCUGGAUACGUUCUACACUAAGCAAAUUAAAUUACUUUAAUUUCACUGCACUGCCCUGAGAGAGAUUUUUUUUAAGUUUCUGGUAGGUUCCAAAAGCUGAUUUUUUUUUUUAUUUUAUUAUUUCAUGAAUUAAAUUGUACUCUGUGAAGUUAGGACAUGUCAAAGACGCCUGAUUAUUUUCCAGUUGAAAUAUUCUUUAUAUAAAAAAUGUUUUCAUGAAGUAUCAUAGAGUCCACAUUAUGCAGAACUGAUCAUCCAUCUUUAGGAACUUCUGGCAACAGUGCAGCAAGACAGUUUACUCAAUUAAGGAAUACAUAUUGUACACAGCAUGUAUAAAAGGUGUACUUAGAAUAAAAAAAAUGUUAAGGCCUGUCUUUUCAGGUUUUUAUGCAUGAUACCUUCACAUUGCAUUCAUAAAGAUAGUCCUCCUAUAAGGCCAAGGGCUGAUGGAAUAUUGGCUCCCCAUCUAUGAUUAUUUGAAUAAGAUCCACUUGUGUGCUGUUGCACAGUCUCAAAUGGGGACACAAAAACAGUGUCCAUUCCAGAAAUAUGUAAAAUCAGGGUUCUACUGUAUUUUAUAAAUAAAUCCCCUCCCCCCCCCCCAUUGUGGAUGGCCAGGUUUAUGCAUACACAUGUGCAUAAAGAGCACUUUGGCUGACUCAUUAUGCCCACAAGUGUGACAUAGGAUCGGGGGUCUGCACCUCCAGUGGGGGAAACAAUUUUUGCAUUAUAGGUGCCCCUUCAACACUAGGCAAGCUAUUCAACUGACUAUUCCAAUGCCCCAAAAAGUUUGACAUUGCCAAAACUGUGAUUUGCAGCCUACAACGCUAUAUUUAGAAUUGUUGGCCUGUACUAGCACUGCUUGACAUUUCCUGAUCAAUACAAUAAGAGGUGGCAGGGUAGUACCCCAUGUGCCAUCAAGCUUAAUCUUUAAAAUGCCUUAUAAAUAAGGUAUAUUGAGAAAUACUGUAAGCUUUAAGCCUCCAGCUAUUUUGGCUUUAAUACAUGUGUAGUAUUAUUAGCCUGUAAAAAUGGCAUAACAACACUCAAAUAUUUAAAAUAGUUUUUUGUUGGCUUCUGUUUGCUUUAUUCCCUAUUCCUAUUGCCGUUAUUGCAGACGUCUGUCUGCAAUGGAAUUUGAGAGCUAAACGAAUAAAACCAAAUGGCUCAUUGUUACAGUUUGAUGCUUUAUGGUUAUCAGUAAUGGAAGAUGCAGGAAGCUUUGGCAGCUAAGAAGUUAGAGCUUUUUUGCAAGUCCCAACAAUGUGUAACUGUUGUGUAUUUUUGCCUAUAAAAUAUGACUUGAUGUACCCUAAGCCAUGGUGAUUAUAUAAGAGCCCCCAAUGGUGAUUAAAAGAGUAAAGAUGUAGUUGCUGACAGUAACCUGUUUGAAUUGUUUUGCAACUUUUUAGAUGUUCUGGUCAAGAAGAAUAUAGCAGAUUUUUUUCUUCAUUUCCGCAUGUGUUAGUAUGGGGAAAGCAUCCAUUCAUUUCAACAUUUGUGUCUACAUAUGCAUAUCUAUCAAUAUAACUGUAUAUACAAACACACACAAGAUUUGCUCUUCUCUUGCUGUAGAUGCAUAAAGCACUUUUAAACCCUUUCUCUAUUAGAUUCUGUCUUCUCUUGUAUAAUAUUGUGUCCUUGAAAAGAAAAUAAAUAUUGUGUUUCUUCA